AUGUGGAGACAUCGAGUUCUAGGAUCGGUGGCCCUGCUCUUGUUGCUACUCACCCUCGUCCAACCGUUUACUCUGAACCAGAUCGCGGAAGACGCGCCGCCACCGCUCGGAGGCAUCGAGGAUCCGCCGGGGCCAGAGAAGGUGUACGGAGGCAUCGAGGACUGGCCGGGGGCAGAGAACGACCUCGGCGUCGUCGACCUCGCCCACUUCGCCAUCUCCGAGCACAACAGCAACACCAAUGCUGUGCUGGAGUUCCGGAAAGUGGUGAAGGUGAAGCAGCAAGUUGUUGCAGGCUGGAUGUAUUACAUUACAAUUCAGGUCAAUGAAGGCGGGGCAAAGAAGAUGUAUGAAGCCGAGGUGUGGGAGCGGCCAUGGCUGGAUUUCAAGGAGCUCGUGGAGUUCAGGCCGGCAGAGGGCGCCUCUGCGAGAGCUUAA